UUCAGGAGAUCGGAAAUCGUGUUCCCGGUCAGUCACACUCCGCGUUAGAGACUGCGAGUCACUGAGUCCAGCGCAGGAGAUCAGAGGGGACGAGUCCACGCUGACUGAGACAGAGAGACCGAGCUGAGACGAGCCCUGCGGUUUGAGAUCCCCGGUUCUGAGGGAGCGGAGAGGCGCCUCCAGGACCCGGUUUAACGGAGGGAGACGCGUUUCCAUUCAUCCAGGGGACGGAGCAGACCCGCCUCUCAUUUUGUAUUUGUUGUCUGGAAGUCGGAUCUGCGAGCGAGUGCUGCUCGGCGAGUAAAGCCGAGAGGAGUGAGCCGGAGACCGGGCGCCGCUGACCCCCAGGACCGGGUCUAGUCCCCUCUUUUAUUCCCGUAUCUGGAGGGAAAGCCCGCUCGCAGCUCGGACGCGCAGCUCGGACGCGCAGCCCGGACGCGCAGCCCUGCGUUUGGAUCCACGAUGCAGAGCGCACCGGGCCGGACCGCGGGCAGGCACUGCCUCUUUGCCGCUCUGCUGGGCUGUUUCAUGCUGAUCAUUCAGCUCACCAAUGCCAACAAGAAGGAUUCGGGCCGGACGAGCAGGCAGGCACCGGGCCCUGCAGAGGGGGGCUCUCGAGCGGGGGUCUGGGCUCCAUGGGGCCGCUGGUCUUCCUGCUCUAAGAGCUGUGGGCUGGGGAUAGUGGAGAGGAGGAGGACCUGCCUGUCGCCCCUCCCAGAGCCGCUGCAGCCCUGGCGGGACGGCCUGGGAACCACGACUCAGGGGGGGUACGGGGCUGUGUUAUCGGCUGUGCGCCCCCCGGAAUACCCCCCCUCGCACCCCCUCUUCGUGAGCAGCCCGGAGAACAGACUGGCAGUGCCCUGGAACCCCAGCCCGCAUCACUCCCUGGCAGCCAAUCAAGAGCCAGUAUCCGUUUACAGAGACGCCCAGGAUGUUGCCGCAUUCUACAGGCCGGACUUCCCACCAGCCAGUGAGGAGAGGCUUUCCCUGUACAGGCAAGGCUCCCCAUUGGAGGAGCAGGGGACGGGCACUCGCCUGAGCCCGCCCUCUGCUCAGGAGGACACGGCCCGGAGACUCCGCCCCUACCAGGACAGGUCGGCCAAUCGGGGAGUGGGGGGCGGGAACAGACGCUCUGUGUUGGCCAAUCAGGAACUUCAGUUGUCCAGAAGACCCCCCCCUCACGGCUCCAUCCAGCCGGGUCGCUACGGAUAUGGCAAAGUUCCGUUCGCCCUGCCUCUGCAUCGGAGCAACAAGCACUCCGACCGGAAGAGCCGACGAGCGAGGCACGACCCCCAGAACAGGACCGAGGAGAGGGGGGACCCCCAGAACAGGACCGAGGAGAGGCACGACCCCCAGAACAGGACCGAGGAGAGGGGGGACCCCCAGAACAGGACCGAGGAGAGGGGGGACCCCCAGACCGGGACAGAAACAGCGUCGCUGCUCCAGAGGAGGAGAAGAGAGGAAGGAUCUGGGCAGGAGAGGAGGCUGGAGCGGGGGGAGGUCUCAGACAGAGAGGGGGGAGACGAAGGACACCCUGCUUCUGGGGGUUCAUCUGCUAAGAGCCGGGAUGGGGAGGGGAGUGAGGAAGGGGGGGCGAGGGAAGGGGAGAUACAGCUAGGGCAGAGGGAUAGGGGGGAGGGAGAUUCAGAGAGGGGGGUCGGGGAAGGAACUGAGGCAGGAGUCAAGGAACCAGAGAGAGGGGAGAGAGGGGAGAGAGGGGAGAGAGGGGAGCAGGGGGGGGGACAGCCCAGCCGGGAGAGCCAGGAGCUCAGACAGAACAGAACCGGACCCCAGCCCAGGCCCGGCGCACCUGCGCCAGGAGCCUCGCCAGUCCCAGUCCCGGGUGACAGAGACAGGGCCCCCAGUCAGGGAAGGGCCCCGCUGGAAGUGGAUCAGAGACCCUCCACUAGGGCCCUGCACAGGCCAGCCCCCCGGCCCCCCGUGGCCAGCGUCCGACACUGGGGGGGCUCCUCCUCCUCCUCCACUAGGGGGGGCUACGGCCCCCAGCGUUACUCCGAUCCCUGGCUCCCACACUCCCGGGACCCCUCAAACCUGUUCCGGGGGGAGGGGGGCCCCCUUGCCAGCUCUCAAUCCCAGGCUAACUGGGAGCUGUACCGCCCUGCCAGCGCCUCCCCUGCCUACCUCUGCCACGGACAGCAGAAUGAACACAAGACCUGCACCCUGGAGGCUUGUCCAGGGGGCGCUGUGGACCCGCGAGCAGCGCAGUGCUCCGGGUUCAAUUCCCAGGAGUUCAUGGGCCGGAGGUACGACUGGGAGCCGUUCCUGGAGGGUCUUGCAGGGUGGUUGGUUACCAACUGUGAGCUGCACUGCCCGCCCCUGUUGGGUUCCGGUUUACGUGACGCCACGCGAAGCGGGUCGGACGGGACCCCUGCCAGGGGCAUCCUCCUCGGUGUUUGCACGCGGGACACUGCCGGUUGUGGAGUGUGUGGGGGCGACAGCACCACCUGCAGGCGGGUAGCAGGAACAUUCCAGAACAGCAGCGUUCCGAUCGGAUACCACGCGUUCCUAAAGAUCCCUCCCGGAGCCACGCGCAUCACCAUCACGGAGAGGGAGAGGGACACCCCCACGCACCAACUUACCUGGCCGGGUCGCUACGGAUACGGAAAAGUUCCGUUCGCCCUGCCUCUGCAUCGGAGCAACAAGCACUCCGACCGGAAGAGCCGACGAGCGAGGCACGACCCCCAGAACAGGACCGAGGAGAGGGGGGACCCCCAGAACAGGACCGAGGAGAGGCACGACCCCCAGAACAGGACCGAGGAGAGGGGGGAUCCCCAGAACAGGACCGAGGAGAGGGGGGACCCCCAGACCGGGACAGAAACAGCGUCGCUGCUCCAGAGGAGGAGAAGAGAGGAAGGAUCUGGGCAGGAGAGGAGGCUGGAGCGGGGGGAGGUCUCAGACAGAGAGGGGGGAGACGAAGGACACCCUGCUUCUGGGGGUUCAUCUGCUAAGAGCCGGGAUGGGGAGGGGAGUGAGGAAGGGGGGCGUGUCCUUGUCUCCUCCCGGCUCUGGAGAGAGGGGAGAGAGGGUGAGGAGGUGUCUGAGGUUCGCCGCGCGCUCUCGGUCCUCGAUCUGUCUACAGUCAGAGAGAACAGAACCGGACCCCAGCCCAGGCCCGGCGCACCUGCGCCAGGAGCCUCGCCAGUCCCAGUCCCGGGUGACAGAGACAGGGCCCCCAGUCAGGGAAGGGCCCCGCUGGAAGUGGAUCAGAGACCCUCCACUAGGGCCCUGCACAGGCCAGCCCCCCGGCCCCCCGUGGCCAGCGUCCGACACUGGGGGGGCUCCUCCUCCUCCUCCACUAGGGGGGGCUACGGCCCCCAGCGUUACUCCGAUCCCUGGCUCCCACACUCCCGGGACCCCUCAAACCUGUUCCGGGGGGAGGGGGGCCCCCUUGCCAGCUCUCAAUCCCAGGCUAACUGGGAGCUGUACCGCCCUGCCAGCGCCUUCCCUGCCUACCUCUGCCACGGACAGCAGAAUGAACACAAGACCUGCACCCUGGAGGCUUGUCCAGGGGGCGCUGUGGACCCGCGAGCAGCGCAGUGCUCCGGGUUCAAUUCCCAGGAGUUCAUGGGCCGGAGGUACGACUGGGAGCCGUUCCUGGAGGCAGGGGGUGGUUACCAGCACUGUGAGCUGCACUGCCGCCCUGUUGGGUUCCGGUUCUACGUGCGCCACGCCGAGCGGGUCUGGGACGGGACCCCCUGCCAGGGGAACUCCUCCUCGGUGUGCAUCGCGGGACACUGCCUGAGUCCUGGCUGUGACGGGGUCCUGGGUUCGAAUCUCACCCUCGAUAGUUGUGGAGUGUGUGGGGGCGACAGCACCACCUGCAGGCGGGUAGCAGGAACAUUCCAGAACAGCAGCGUUCCGAUCGGAUACCACGCGUUCCUAAAGAUCCCUCCCGGAGCCACGCGCAUCACCAUCACGGAGAGGGAGAGGAGCCCCAACUACCUGGCUCUCCGGACAGGCAGCGGUCACUCUGUGAUUAACGGGCGCUGGGCGGUUGACCCCCCUGGUCAGUAUGAGGCGGGGGGGACGCUGUUCCAGUAUCGUCGGGGGGGCGCGGGGGGGGAGAUGCUGACCGCCCCGGGACCUACAACCACCGUGCUGGUCGUCUAUAUUAUUUUUCACAAGAAGAAUCCCGGGAUUGAUUAUGAAUUCUACCUGCCGGCCGAGAGGAGGAGAGCAGAGGAGCCGGAGAGAGAGCACAGGGAGAGGCAGGGAUUCAGUGAGUGUGUGUGCACCCCCGUCAUUGGGGGAGUAACCCCGCUGAGAGAGGCCAGACCGGCCCCCCUUUCUCGAGGCUCCGCCCGCAACGUCAGGAUCCCCCCCCGCACAGAUCUGCCCCCCCACUCGCUGCCUGACUUCCUGUGGAGGAGGGUGGGGCUUACAGACUGCUCUGCUUCCUGUGGCAAAGGAUCCCAGGCCCCGCUGUUCCGCUGUGUCUCCCGGAAAACCCAGCAGGAAGUGGAGGACAGCAAGUGCGACCCGACCACAAAGCCCGCCCCCGUGGAAGAGGCCUGCAACGUGCAGCCGUGCCCAGCGUUCUGGGAGGCGGGGCUCUGGUCUGGCUGCAGUAAGUCCUGUGGCCAGGGGGAACAGCAGAGGCAGGUUCAGUGCAGGCAGGUCUACGGUGCCCACAGUACCAUGGUGCAGCCGCAGCUGUGCACCAGCCUGCUCAGACCCAACAGCACGCAACCCUGCCAGCUGCGCAUCUGCAGCCACUGGGAGAUCCACAGCAACUGGAGCUCCUGCUCUGUGAUGUGUGGUCAGGGUCAGCGCACACGCUCAGUGCGCUGUGUCAGUACCAGCGGCGUCACGGUGAGUGACAGUGAGUGCAGCACUGGACUGAGACCCCGCGGAAACGAGGUCUGCAACAUGGGGCCCUGCGUGCGCAGCUGGCUCAGCUCCGACUGGAGUAACACUUGCUCAGUGGAGUGUGGAACGGGGGUCCAGCGUCGCUCGGUUGUCUGCCUGGCCAGUCGAGCUGACGGCCAACCAGAGCAGAGCUGCAGCGGGGCCAAGCCUGCAGAGCUGCGAGCGUGCAGCGGGGGGGCAUGCCAGCCCAGCACGAGGUGGUACACAGGACCCUGGAGCGAGUGCAAUGUGGAGUGCGGGAAUGGAACCCAGCGCCGUGACAUCAUCUGUGUCAACAAACUGGGGGCCGAUUUCAACGUGACACCGGCCCGGGACUGUGCACAUCUGGAAAAGCUGCCCUCCGUGCAGGAGUGCAGCGUGGGACCCUGCAGAGCCAAGUGGUACACAACACAGUGGAGCGCGUGUUCCAGGUCUUGUGUGGGCGGAGUCCAGGAGCGGGAGGUACGGUGUCUCACGGAGGACAAAGUUCUGAGCCAGCAGUGCGACCUUGACCUGAAGCCAGCUGAAAAGCAGAGCUGCAACACACAGCCUUGCACUGGAGAGACAGAUGAGAACUGCAAAGACACGCAUCACAGCUGCCCCCUGGUGGUUCAGGCGCGCCUCUGCGUUUACUCGUACUACAGGACAGUGUGCUGCGCUGCCUGUGCGCACGGAGCAGAGCGGAGCAAGAGACAAAGAGAGAGAGAGAGAGAGAGAGAGAGAGAGAGAGAGAGAGAGAGACACUGAUAGACACUCUGAG